AACGCACGUCUUCCCCCCAUUAAAUAGCACCAUCCAUUCUCCGCUAUAUGUCUAACCUCUGUCCAUAAAACUCUCAACUUUUGCAUUUUCCCCGACGCUUAGAUCGCCUUUUCUAAAAACAGAAGAUAACUUAUGGACGUAGCUGAUGACCGUAAACCGAGUCUCACCAGGAAGAUAUCUUCGUUGUCGUCCUUCCGUCUACGGAGUCCUAGUCUCAACUCCCUCCGUCUCCGUCGCAUUUUCGACAUAUUUGACAAGAACGGUGAUGGCAUGAUCACUGUCCAGGAGAUCAGCCAGGCGCUUUCCCUUCUUGGUCUCGAAGCAGAUCUUUCCGAUCUAGACCUCACAAUCAAAUCCUUUGUUAAACCGGGCAACCAGGGCCUCAAUUUCGAGGAUUUCGUGGCGUUGCAUCAAUCGCUGGACGAGACCCUUUUCGGGUUUGACAGCAAGGAGGAGGAGGCGGUUGAGAGCACGGCGGCGAUUUCGCAGGAGGAGUCCGAUUUAACGGAGGCGUUCAAGGUGUUCGAUGAAGAUGGGGACGGAUUCAUCUCCGCGAAAGAACUGCAGGUGGUGUUGGGGAAGCUUGGGUUGCCGGAGGGGAGAGAGAUUAGUCGAGUUGAACAGAUGAUCAACUCCGUAGACAGCAAUAAAGACGGGCAAGUCGAUUUCUUUGAAUUCAAAAACAUGAUGCAGAGUGUUCUUGUUCACAGCUCUUGAUGAGAUUUCAAUAUUAUUCCUUGUUCUUGCUCUGUUUCUGUUUUUCAUUUUUAGAUUUUACCAUAACAUUCAUAUGCUAUGAUAAAACCCAAUGAAAGGAUUGAUCGUCUGCUAUAUUUGCGGUUGCCGUUUGCGUCAACGUCAACUGCACUGUAUUAAAUAGGAUGUUGUAAU